AUGGCAUUUGGCUCCAUUUCAGAUAUUUGGAAUAAGUGGAACAUCCGAGGUUUCGUUAUACUAAGCCUCUCGCUUCAGAUAUUUCCCAUCAACAAGUCACAGGUGAUCCCCACGAUGUUGGUGUUUCUUGCUGGGGUCACAAAAAAUGCGGAAAGGUUACAAGCACUUAAUCUCUCGAGCUUCCCAAGGCUUAGGGAAUCAAUGCUCUCGGGCAUCCGGCUUGGAAAAACGAUACUCUCACAAGGUGCAGAUGACAAAUUAAUUGAAGAAGUCAAUGCUCUAGAGGAUGGAUACUCUGAUGGAGAAGAAGCAAAGCUUGCUAAGAGGACCGUGGUGAAGCAUGCUUACUACUUUUUUCAAAUCUUUAAUGUCUUCAUUGGGAACCUUAUAUUCAAACGCGAGGAACGCGAAAUGAGCCGAAAGUAUUUUUGCAAAGUUUCUGCAAUAGAUGCAUUAAGGGUGAUAUCAGUUGAACUUAAUUUCAUGUACGAGGUGCUCUAUACAAAAGCUUUGGCAAUACAUUCCAGGUGGAGCUACAUUUUCCGCUUAAUAGACUUCACUAGCAUUGUGUUGGCUUUCAUUUUAUUCAAUCGCUUGCAGAAGGAUGGGCUCUCUAAACUUGAUGUAGAAAUUACUUAUUCCCUUCUUUUUGGAGGAAUUGCUCUUGAUGUGAUAGCUCUGUUCAUGCUUGUUUUCUCCGAUUGGACUGUUGCUAGAAUCCAGUGGUAUAACACAGGAUCAUCUAAACUAGAUUCAUUUCUCCACAAGUUGGUAUCUAUCACGGAUGAGCUGAGAAAGCCCCGCUUCGUCACAUGUGAAGUAGAGCAUAAUAGCAAUGUUAUUUACAUGGUCUUAGAUACACCAUUAAUAUUUCGAAGGUGGUCGGAAUCCAUCUCUGCUUGCAACCUUUUUUCUGAGACUUUGAAGGAGAGUCUGACAAAGAUGUAUAAGCGUGAUCGUCCUUGGGGCAUCACCACUUUUUCUAAUAUCUACAAUUUUUCAUUUUGUGUGGCUAAAAAGAUCAUCUCUUGUCUCCAAGAAGCUAGUGAGAAAAUUAUAAGAGGCCAUGGUCCAAGGGAAAGACUAAUGAUUGCAAAUACAAAGCACGUGUCAAAGAAUCCCUUUAUUAAGAAACUAUGGAUUUAUAUCUUUAAGGAGGUCAAACGCAAAUCCAAGAAUGCAGAUGAUCCGGCAGAGGUGAGGAAAAUAUUUGAGGCUCGAGGUAAUCUAUUUCUCGAAAGUCAGCCGGUGGGGAUCGAAUGUGGCCAUCUUUUACUAUAUGUCACUGAGGUUAAUUACGACGCUAGUAUAAUAAUGUGGCAUCUUGCUACUGAAAUGUGGUACAACAACGAAAAAUCCACAGGCAAAAAUGAUGAAAGAGAAUUCAGUAAGAUCCUCUCCGACUACAUGAUAUAUCUUUGCCUUAAUCAGCCCAACGUGGCGUUUGUAAUAAGCAUCGUUCGUAAAUGA